AUGUACCUCGACCUCGACUUGAACGAAACCCUCGGUCCCGCAUUGAUAGGGACAAUCUUCGCUCUCAUGCACGUUAUCUCUUCGAUGGUCGCUUCAAAAGUACUCAGGGAUGUUCAUAGGCUGUUCGGCUUGAGUUGUGCUCAAGUAAUGUAUUACGUCUGCGAAUAUCCAAAGGAUAAGUUGCUGCUAAAAGGGCUGGUGACUGGUUGUAGGCUUCUCGAUACAGGCGCGACCAUCGUUGACACAGUAAUUGUUUGGCAUUAUACGGUCACAAGCCGAAACAAUGUGUUUGACCUUGCAAAGUUAUUCAAUUAUUAUAUCUAUACAAUCUGGAUCUUCUAUCAGUUCUUGGUUACGGUGGGCUCCCCCUUUUACGGAAAACGUCUUGUCCAGAAGCUCACUAUCUACGCGGUGAAUAGAGGCGGCUUGAUUACUGUCGUACAGACCACACAAUUCAUUACGGGUCAAGUCCAUCGCACUGCAGAAGAAUUCACUCUAUUGGGUAAUUUUUCACCUUCCUGGCAGCAAGAGUGCCGAUGGGUCGAUGUAGUUUAUUUCAAUUCUUUCUUGGCUGUGCAAGUAUUCUCCCAACUGCAUAGAAGGAGUAUCUGA